AUGGAAAGCUACGAGACAUAUGAAGAGACCUCGUGUUCAGGUACCACCCAUCCGCAAGGAGAUGGCACCUGGACUCGCAGUGAACAAGUAAACGCAGAAAUAAACGCGUAUUUUUACCACACGACAUGGACUCUGAGCUUGAUAUUGCGCAAUGUCAACAGCUCAGUGCAACGCGUGAACAAAUUAAACAUUUUACUCCGUUAGAAGUUGCUAAAGUAAUAAUAGAUGACUACUUAAACCCCAAAAAUGCAUCAGACUAUGCUGAAUUAAGUCCAAAAAUACUUAAAGAGUUUCCUAAGAAGGCCAUUAUCCAUCUUACGCGCAUGCACUAUUGUAAUACUAUUUUGCGCUCGGAAUACAUCCCAGAACAAUAUUGA